UUUACGGAUGGAUGCUCUUUGAGAACAUGGCCGUGGUAAACAUCAUAUAGUGCACGUGUAAAUACUGUAUGCAAGUUCGUAAAUGUAAAAAUAGUGUAUUUUUCGUGUGUCAGUAAAAUAUAUUCUGUGGCAAUGGAUGGUGGGCUACAGCUUAAUAUUUCUCUUCCCAGCAGUGAUUCCGGAGGGUCGAAAGAGAAGAGAACUGCAAAACAACGCAAAGUUGAAUUCGAAUUAAGACGUGCUAAUAAGCAGAAAAAAAUAUUAGAAAUAAAAGAAAAGAAAGAAAAGAAAAAGGUGAGGGAAGAAUCCAAGAAAUUCGAAAAAAGGAAGAAUCCGAAAGUAGGUCCGAAGCAAGAACUCAAAGAUGAAUUUGCAUCUUCAAUGUUGAGGGGUGAGAUAAUGCCGAAGAUACACGCAAAUGAAGGUAGACUAGUUUUUCCACAUUUAGCAUUGAAUAUUUCCGAUAGUAGUAGAAAAAACAGAACUGGAAAGAUUAAAAAGAAAUUUAAUUCUGGUGCAAAGACUAAAGAGUUAAAUGUAGGUAAAAAAUACAGCGAACCGACGAAAAAAACAACCAGCUUAGAAGAAGAUGAAAACGCAAACAAAAGUGCUCUAGUCUCAUUUGUUAAAAAGCCAAAAGUAUCUAAAAACACCAUCCCGGACCAGGAAAAGACACCCCAAUCCAAGCCGACGGGAACAUUUUUCCGGAAAUCAAAAAAAGCGAGCGAUAUUGAGAAGAAAGGGUUCCAAUUUGCAUUCGGCGAGUCCUCGCAGAAAGCGGCUCUCGUUGAGGAAACGGUCGACUUUACUGGAGAGCGCGCGUUCCGAGGGCGUGUCGAUGGUUCGCAAACGACAGUCGCCAGCAGCGCCGCCGGCGGCAAAGUCUCCCCGCUGAAGUCGCGAGGGGGCGUGGUCGACGCGGCGGAGCGUCCGCGGAAGGCGAACAAACGCGUGCGCUGGGACGCGGACAGCGACGCCGCCGGCCCGAUUCAAGAGGAGGAGGAGGAAGAGGAGGCGGAGGCGGCAGCGCAACGCUCGGCGAAGAAAAUGAAGAGAAGUGGUGACGCGGGUGACGGGGAGGAAGAGGGCAAGGUGUGGCGAGGGAAGUUCACGUCCCUCUUCGGCAACAACCCGGAAAUUCCGGCCGUGCCCCGCCGCGCCGUGCGGCCUGUGCAGGAGCCCAUCUUCUCCGACGAGAACUUCUCCGAUCUGCCCAUCCACAAGUUCUUGCGGAAAGCGGCGCCCGUGCUGCUGGCCGGGCGCGACGCGCUGGUGCGCUCGCAGACCGGCAGCGGCAAGACGCUGGCGUACGCGCUGCCGCUCGUGGAGCUGCUGCAGCGCCAGCGGCCGCCGCUGACGCGCGCCGACGGCGUGCGCGCCCUCGUCGUGCUGCCGACGCGCGAGCUCGCCCUGCAGACCUACGAGUGCUUCCUCAAGCUCGUCAAGCGCAAGUCGGAGAAGGCGCGCCUGCGCAAGGGCAUCACGAUCCUCGUGGGCACGCCCGGCCGCCUGCUCGACCACGUGCAGCACACGCGCAGCCUGCGGCUGGACAAGGUGCAGUACCUCGUGCUGGACGAGGCCGACCUGCUGCUCGACAUGGGCUACGAGCGCGACGUCGCCAGUAUCGUUGCAGAGUUAGAUUCUCAGUCGCAACCUCUGCUCUCCAAGGAAGUUUUAGCAUGGAACAGGAAAACGUACUUUAUGGAUAAGGAGUCGCCAGACGAAAACACCGAGGAGAAAACUGAUCACAAAGUGGGGUACACAUCUCAAGAUAGCGGAGCAGGGGAAGAAGAAGAGACGAGCGAAGAGGAGGUGAAGAGGACGAGAGAAGGAAAGAAGAAGGAGAAGGUGGAGGAGGAAGUUAGGAAGGGGGCGGAAGCGAAGCUGGCGCGGGAGGAAGACGAGACGAGCGACUACGACCCGGAGGAGCGAGCGGACGAGAUCGUGGACGCCAAGGAACUGGAGGGGGACAAAUGGGACGAAGAGUCCAGCGAGGACGAGGAAGACGGGGAGGAGGUGUACAGGAAGGAGGAGGACGUGUGGGAAGCGGAAGACGAAGACGACCAGGGUGGGGGCGUGGGCGAGGGCGAGGUCCAGGGCGGUGCUGGGGCGGUGGCCAGUCCGAAGGAGCGCCGCCGCCAGACGGUGCUGCUGUCGGCGACGCUGACGCCGGCCGUGGAGCGGCUGGCCGGGUUGGCGCUGCAGGCGCCGGACUUCGUGGACGCCGCCGACGCCGAGAUGGACACCAAGGACGUCGUCAUCCCCGACAGCCUCGUGCAGUGCUACAUGGUGGUGCCGGCCAAGCUGCGCCUCGUCACGCUCUCGGCCUUCAUCUUGUGGAAGUGCAAGUUCUGCGAAGAGCGCAAAAUGCUGCUGUUCUGCGCCACGCAGGACAUGGUGGACUACUUGACGGAGCUGCUGACGGUGGUGCUCAGCCGCAAGGACACGGACGAGCAGGAAGGCAGCAACGGGGACGACGACCCCGAGGACAGUUUCAACGUCGGGGUCGACUUCUUCCGCCUGCACGGUCAGAUGGACCAAAAGGAGCGGACCCUGGUGUUCCAGACCUUUCGAGCGGCGGACUGCGGCGUCCUCCUAUGCACGGACGUGGCGGCGCGCGGCCUGGACCUGCCGCGCGUGGACUGGAUCGUGCAGUGGACGGCGCCGGGCAGCGUGCCCGACUACGUGCACCGCGUGGGGCGCACGGCGCGCGUGGGCGCGGCGGGCGCGGCGCUGCUCUUCCUGCUGCCCGCCGAGGCCGACUUCAAAAUGGACAACUGUUUGAAGAAAUUGAGCCAAGCCAUUCAUUCCUCCGAAUUUCCUGAGAGAUCUUCUGUGCAGUCAGCUGCUACGACUUUGCAACUGCGCUACGAGAACGCUGUGCUGAAUCGAAGAUCACUCCACGAUUCUGCCGUGAAAGCGUACGUGUCGUUCGUGCGCUUCUACGCGUCGUACCCGAAGGAAGUGCGCGACGUGUUCUGCUUCAAGGCGCUGCACCUGGGCCACCAGGCGAAGAGCUUCGCGCUGCGCGACCCGCCCAGGGCCAUCGCCGGCAUCGGCCGGCGCCGCUUCCACGACGACCUCAAGCAGCAGAAGAAGGAGCAGCAGCAGCGGCAGCGGCAGCGCGCCCCCACCCCCAAGAGGGCGGCGGCGGUGCCGAAGGCCUUCCAGGCGCACGACCGAAGCCGCAUGCGCAACCUCGUGCUCUCCGAGUUCGACAGCGGCCUGGAGAUCCCCAAGAAGACCAAGAAGAGGCCGGACGACGCCUAAGCUCAACCACGCUUUUUCUGUAUAUGACCGAAGAGAAAUACAUAUAUUUUGGUGGCGAAAUGGCUUGAGCAAACCUCACAGUAUUUGACGGCUUAACAGAGAGACAUUAUCUCAUUUCAACGACAGCCAUCAAAUGCACUUAACAAAAAAAUAACUUUCACCAAUAAAUAUGUUUUGUUCGGAGAUUUAUUGACAAAUUUUAAUACUCCUUCUCUAGUGAGAACUUCAUAUUUGUUUGUACUUUUGUAAACUUCAGAUCAUAUUCUUCGAAUAUUGACUUUGAAGAAUAACUUGAUACCAAUCCACUACUCUGCACUUCGACUGGGAGGUCCUGGGGUUCGAGUGCCGGUGAUGGCGGGAUUUUCCAUUCUGGCUAGAUAGGUAGAACG